AUGUCGGGCAUUCCUCCACCGCCGCCCCCAGGAUGGGGAGCUGCUCCUCCUCCUCCUCCACCACCUCCUCCAUCAUCACUGCCGCCACCUCCCGAUACACCUGCGCCGCCAGCGCCUCCCCCCCCUGGAUACCACCCGCCGUCCGAUCCCCAGAUCGCGAAGUUUGCACAGAAGAAGAAAGAAUGGCUUCGAGAUCGGCGAAACAGAUUCGGAGAGAAGCGAAAGGCGGGCUUUGUCCAGACCCAAAAGGCUGACAUGCCACCUGAGCAUCUUCGCAAGAUCGUCAAGGACAUCGGAGAUGUGUCCCAAAAGAAGUACACCAACGACAAGCGCAGCUACCUGGGUGCUUUGAAAUUCAUGCCACACGCAGUGCUGAAGCUGCUCGAAAACAUGCCAAUGCCCUGGGAAUCAGCGCGCGAGGUCAAGGUUCUGUACCAUGUCAACGGGUGCUUGACUUUGGUCAACGAGACACCGCGUGUCAUCGAGCCUGUCUUCUUUGCGCAAUGGGCAAUGAUGUGGACAUUUAUGAGAAAGGAAAAGGCUGACAGAAGGCUUUUCAAGCGUAUGCGAUUCCCACCCUUUGACGACGAGGAACCGCCUCUGUCAUGGUCCGAGAACAUCGAGGAUGUGGAACCUUUGGAACCCAUCCAAAUGGAGCUGAAUGAGGAGGAAGAUGAGGCCGUUUACGAGUGGUUCUACGACCACCGAGCACUUCUUGAUACCUCGCACGUCAAUGGCCCGAGCUACAAAACAUGGAAUCUCACUCUUCCCCAAAUGGCUACUUUGUUCCGACUCAGUCGGCCGUUGAUUUCCGACGUUGUUGAUAAGAACUACUUUUACCUUUUCGAUCUCAAGAGCUUCCUGACUGCAAAGGCUCUCAACGUCGCACUUCCUGGUGGCCCGCGUUUCGAACCGCUUUAUAAGGAUAUUGACCCCAACGAGGAGGACUUCGGCGAGUUCAACGCCAUUGAUCGUAUCAUUUUCCGCACCCCGAUUCGAACCGAAUUCCGAGUCGCAUUUCCCUUCCUGUACAAUUCUCUACCAAGAAGCGUGCAUCUGACGUGGCACUCGCACCCUCAGAUUGUCUUCAACCGUGCUGACGACCCUGAUCUGCCCACGUUUCUUUUCGACCGACGAAUUAACCCCAUCUCGUCCCGCACGGUCGCUCCGAAGAAUGUGGAAGUUACACUUGAAGAUGAACUCUUCGGACCAGGAAGCAACGAAGAGCCUGAAGAAGACGCCUUUGAAUUGCCUGCUGCGGUUGAGCCCUUCCUUGCUGAUGAGGAACUCGAAAACGAGCACACGUCGUCAGCAAUCGACUUGUGGUGGGCUCCCUUCCCAUUCGAUAGACGCUCUGGCAAGAUGGUUCGCGCCCAGGAUGUGCCACUGGUUAAGCAGUGGUAUUUGGAGCAUCCUCCCUCCGACAGACCACCCGUGAAGGUUCGAGUUUCGUACCAGAAGUUGCUGAAGAACUUCGUCCUCAACGAGCUUCACAAGAAGAAGCCGAACGCGCACAACAAUCAAAACCUGUUGCGCUCUCUCAAGCAAACGAAGUUCUUCCAACAGACAACCAUCGAUUGGGUUGAAGCUGGUCUUCAAGUCUGCCGACAAGGUUUCAACAUGUUGAACUUGCUUAUUCACCGAAAGAACUUGACAUAUCUUCAUCUGGACUACAACUUUAACCUAAAGCCUGUCAAGACACUCACCACCAAGGAGCGAAAGAAAUCUCGAUUCGGAAACGCAUUCCACCUUAUGCGUGAGAUCCUGAGAUUAACAAAGCUUAUUGUGGAUGCCCAAGUUCAGUAUCGUCUCGGCAAUAUUGAUGCCUUCCAGCUUGCGGAUGGUAUCCAUUACGCCUUCAACCACGUUGGACAGCUCACUGGAAUGUACCGAUACAAAUAUAAGCUUAUGCAUCAGAUUCGUACUUGCAAGGAUUUGAAGCACUUGAUCUAUUAUCGGUUCAAUUCUGGUCCGGUCGGCAAAGGCCCAGGUUGUGGUUUCUGGGGCCCGUCCUGGAGAGUAUGGCUCUUUUUCAUGAGAGGCAUCAUCCCCCUACUGGAGAGAUGGCUUGGUAACCUCUUGUCUCGUCAAUUUGAAGGCCGACACAGUAAAGGCGUUGCAAAGACGGUCACCAAGCAACGUGUCGAGUCGCAUUUUGAUCUUGAAUUGCGCCAGUCCGUCAUGUCUGAUCUUAUGGACAUGAUGCCAGAAGGCAUCAAGCAGAACAAGGUCAGCGUUGUGCUUCAGCAUUUGUCUGAAGCUUGGCGCUGCUGGAAGAGUAACAUUCCUUGGAAGGUCCCUGGUUUGCCUGCACCAAUUGAGAACAUCAUUCUUCGAUAUGUGAAGUCAAAAGCAGACUGGUGGAUCUCUGUAGCUCACUACAACCGUGAGAGAAUUCGUCGUGGAGCAACUGUGGACAAGACAGUCGCGAAGAAAAACGUUGGUCGUCUGACCCGACUGUGGCUCAAGGCUGAGCAGGAACGACAACACAACCACAUGAAAGACGGUCCUUAUGUGUCGUCUGAGGAAGGUGUAGCUAUUUACACAACCACUGUCCACUGGUUGGAAUCGCGAAAGUUUUCUCCAAUCCCAUUCCCGAGCGUUUCAUACAAGCAUGACACCAAGAUUCUGAUCCUGGCUUUGGAACGUUUGAGAGAGGCAUAUUCAGUGAAGGGCCGACUGAAUCAGAGUCAACGUGAAGAGCUUGCGUUGAUUGAGCAAGCCUAUGACAGCCCUGGCACAACAUUGGAAAGAAUCAAGCGAUUCCUGCUCACCCAACGAGCCUUCAAGGAGGUCAAUAUUGACAUGAACGACAACUACAACACCAUCAACCCCGUGUACGAUAUCGAGCCAAUCGAGAAAAUCAGCGAUGCCUAUCUUGAUCAGUAUUUGUGGUAUCAAGCAGACCAGCGACACCUCUUCCCUGCUUGGAUCAAGCCUUCAGACUCCGAAGUGCCACCAUUGUUGGUUUACAAGUGGGCUCAGGGCAUCAACAAUUUGAGCCAAGUUUGGGAGACGGAAGAUGGCGAGUGCAACGUCAUGGUGGAAACGGAACUUUCCAAGGUCUACGAAAAGAUGGAGCUUACACUCCUCAACACUCUCCUGAGACUUAUCAUGGACCACAACUUGGCGGAUUACAUCACUGCCAAGAACAAUGUUCAGCUGACGUACAAGGACAUGAACCAUGUCAACAGCUACGGUAUGAUUCGUGGUCUUCAGUUCUCAGCCUUCGUGUUCCAGUUCUACGGUCUUGUUUUGGAUCUUCUUCUACUGGGGCCUCAACGAGCCAGCGAGAUUGCUGGCCCUCCUCAGAGUCCCAAUGAUUUUUUGCAGUUCCGGGAUCGGGAGACAGAAACCAGGCACCCUAUCAGGCUCUACAGCCGUUAUAUUGACAAGAUUUGGGUCUUUUUGCGAUUUACGGCCGAGGAGUCGAGGGAUCUUAUCCAGCGUUUCCUUACUGAGCAGCCUGAUCCUAACUUCGAAAACGUUAUUGGCUACAAGAGUAAAAAGUGCUGGCCAAGGGACUCUCGUAUGCGCCUGAUGAGACACGAUGUGAACUUGGGACGCGCCGUAUUUUGGGACUUGAAGAACCGCCUGCCACGAUCCGUUACAACGAUUGACUGGGACGACAGCUUCGUCAGCGUGUACAGCCGCGACAACCCGAACCUGCUCUUCUCAAUGUGCGGAUUUGAGGUUCGAAUUCUCCCCAAGAUCCGAAACCAAAACGAUGAGUUCCCGGUGAAGGACAGCGUCUGGUCUCUGGUCGACAACACGAGCAAGGAGAGAACUGCACAUGCUUUCUUGCAGGUCACCCAAGAGGACAUUCAAAAGUUCAAUAAUCGUAUCCGGCAAAUUCUCAUGUCAUCUGGUUCGACAACCUUUACCAAGAUUGCCAACAAGUGGAACACUGCUCUGAUUGCUCUUUUCACCUACUAUCGUGAAGCAGCAGUUUCUACUGUUGAACUUCUCGAUACCAUUGUCAAAUGUGAGACGAAGAUUCAGACCCGUGUCAAGAUCGGCUUGAACUCGAAGAUGCCGUCCCGUUUCCCACCUGCAGUUUUCUACACACCCAAGGAACUUGGCGGCCUGGGCAUGAUUUCAGGAUCGCACAUCCUGAUUCCUGCCAGUGACAAGCGAUGGUCCAAGCAAACAGACACUGGCGUCACGCAUUACCGCUCUGGUAUGACACAUGAUGAGGAAACCUUGAUUCCCAACAUUUUCCGUUACAUCAUCCCCUGGGAGGCUGAAUUUAUUGAUUCCCAGCGUGUCUGGACUGAGUACUCGCAGAAGCGACUCGAGGCCAAUCAGCAGAAUCGUCGCUUGACGCUGGAAGAUCUCGAAGAUAGUUGGGAUCGCGGGUUGCCCAGAAUCAACACCCUCUUCCAAAAGGACCGCAGCACACUCAGCUUUGACAAAGGUUUCCGAGCUAGAUCUGAAUUCAAGAUUUAUCAAUUGAUGAAAUCCAAUCCUUUUUGGUGGACUAGUCAGCGACACGACGGAAAAUUGUGGAACCUCAAUGCGUAUCGCACCGACGUGAUCCAGGCACUUGGUGGUGUUGAGACCAUUUUGGAGCACACCCUUUUCAAAGCAACAGGAUUUCCUUCAUGGGAAGGACUCUUUUGGGAAAAGGCUAGCGGCUUUGAAGAAUCGAUGAAAUUUAAAAAGCUCACGAAUGCGCAAAGGUCCGGUCUCAAUCAGAUUCCGAAUCGUCGAUUUACGUUGUGGUGGUCGCCCACCAUCAACCGCGCAAACGUGUACGUCGGUUUCCAGGUGCAACUGGAUCUGACAGGUAUUUUCUUGCACGGAAAAAUCCCUACUCUUAAAAUUUCGCUUAUUCAAAUUUUCCGGGCUCAUUUGUGGCAAAAGAUUCAUGAGUCUGUUGUCAUGGAUCUUUGCCAGGUGUUUGACCAAGAGCUGGAGUCCCUUGGAAUCGAGACAGUGCAGAAGGAGACAAUCCAUCCCCGAAAAUCAUACAAGAUGAACAGCUCCUGUGCAGACAUUCUCCUCUUUGCAAGUCACAAGUGGAACGUCACCCGCCCGUCUGUGCUGUUCGACACCAAGGAUGUCAUCGAGCCAACCACCACAAACAAGUUCUGGAUUGACGUACAGCUCCGCUAUGGUGACUACGAUUCGCACGACAUUGAGAGAUAUACUCGCGCCAAAUACCUUGAUUACACUACCGACAGUUCGAGCAUUUACCCCUCAGCGACAGGUUUGAUGAUUGGUAUUGAUCUUGCCUACAACCUGUACUCAGCGUAUGGUAUGUACUUCCCAGGCUUGAAGGUCCUCAUUCAGCAAGCCAUGGCGAAGAUCAUGAAGGCCAAUCCUGCUCUCUAUGUUCUGCGCGAACGUAUUCGAAAGGGUCUGCAGCUGUACGCCUCUGAGAGCAACCAAGAAUUCCUGAACUCGCAGAACUACUCAGAGCUGUUUAGCAACCAGACUCAGCUAUUCAUUGACGACACCAACGUCUACCGUGUGACAAUUCACAAGACGUUCGAAGGCAACUUGACCACGAAGCCAAUCAAUGGUGCUAUCUUCAUUUUCAACCCUCGAACUGGACAGUUGUUCUUGAAGAUCAUUCACACGAGUGUCUGGGCUGGACAGAAACGUCUUGGACAGCUGGCCAAGUGGAAGACUGCUGAAGAAGUUGCGGCUUUGAUUAGGUCACUUCCUGUGGAAGAACAGCCAAAACAGCUUAUCGUUACAAGAAAGGGUUUGUUGGACCCUCUCGAAGUCCAAUUGGUUGAUUUCCCCAAUAUCUCCAUUCGAGCAUCUGAGUUGCAACUUCCUUUCCAGGCCGCCAUGAAGGUGGAGAAGCUGGGAGACAUGAUUUUGAGAGCUACUGAGCCUCAAAUGGUAUUGUUCAACCUGUAUGACGAGUGGCUGAAGAGUAUCUCAUCCUACACUGCAUUCUCACGUCUGGUCCUGAUUCUUCGUGCUCUUCAUGUCAACCCGGACAAGACCAAACUCAUUCUCCGACCGGACAAGACUGUCAUUACUCAUGAGCACCACAUCUGGCCGUCCUUGUCUGACGAAGAAUGGAUCAAGAUUGAAACACAGCUACGAGAUCUCAUCCUGAACGACUAUGGCAAAAAGAACAACGUCAACGUCUCAAGCUUGACCAGCAGUGAAGUCCGUGACAUCAUCCUGGGUAUGGAGAUUUCUGCUCCUUCUCUGCAGAGGCAACAGGCAGCAGAAAUUGAGAAGCAGCAGCAAGAGCAGCAGCAGCUCACUGCUGUCACGACCAAGACGCAGAACGUGCACGGUGAGGACAUCAUUGUCACGACUACGUCACAGUUUGAACAGCAGACCUUUGCUUCCAAGACAGAAUGGCGUACAAGAGCCAUUGCGACAUCCAACUUGCGAACCAGAGCCAAGAACAUCUAUGUGUCCUCGGUCGACAAUGACCUGGACGACGUUACCUACGUCAUGCCAAACAACAUCCUGAAGAGGUUCAUCACGAUUGCGGAUCUCAGGGUUCAGGUGGCCGGAUACCUGUAUGGUGCCUCCCCUCCCGACAACGACCAAGUCAAGGAGGUCAAGUGCAUCGUCAUGAUGCCGCAAAUUGGUGGUUUACGCAACGUUCAACUUCCUCAGCAGCUUCCUCGCAGUGAGUUCCUGGACGGCAUGGAGCCACUUGGUAUCAUUCACACCAUGUCAGGCAGUGAGUUGCCGUACAUGUCUGCCGCUGAUGUAACUGAGCACGCCAAGCUUCUCGACGCCCACAGCGAGUGGGACAAGACAAACACUGUAACCGUCUCCGUGUCAUUCACGCCCGGUAGCGUCUCUCUUUCAGCAUGGGGCCUCACACCUCAUGGAUACAAAUGGGGAGCCGAGAACAAGGACACGCAAAGUGACCAGCCGCAGGGAUUCACAACGACCAUGGGAGAGAAGCGAAAACUGCUCUUGUCUCCGAGAUUCAGGGGUUUCUUCCUCGUACCCGACGAUGGAAGAUGGAACUACAGCUUCAUGGGCAGUGCAUUUGCAGGCAUGGAAAAGAAGCCCGUUCAUGUGAAGCUCGACACCCCCCUUCCAUUCUACAACGAUCAGCACCGCCCUAUUCACUUUCACAGUUUUGCCGAGCUGGAAGACAUCUGGGUGGACCGAACCGACAACUUCGAAUAG